AAAAAACAUAAUUUUCUUUGUUUAAGAUUGUCAACAUCAUUAUUAUAUAAGGGAUAGAAAAACUAAAUUACAUUUGAGAACUUUGUGUUGCUAGUGUACUGAUACGCACCAUGUUAGUGAGUGAUUAGGUUUUUGUUGUUGGCCUAGUGAGGGGAACCAAGCUUUGACUUUAAAAAAUCGGCAAUUGUUUUUCAGUCAGAAAGAUAAUGUAUCAGUAAUAUUUGUAUCUCAAAACUCUUUGAAAGGAGACAUUGUGAGCUGAGUGAAUUUUUCUUGAGGAAGGCAACAUUAAAAAAGUGGAAAUGGCGACGACAAUAACGGAGACCGUGAAGGUGGAACCAACAAUCCACAUGAAAGUUCGGACUCCAAGUCGUCAAACACAAGCCUCGAAGAAUUCCGCUGAGCUCCCUUCUAAACGGCAAAACCUUCGGCUUGAUCCUUUUCGGGCUUUGGAGCCAGCACGAAAAAAGCUUACAACUAUCGAGACGCAGCGCAUAAUGGCCGUCUUUGAAGAAACUAUACGAAGAGUCGUUGUAAUCCUUAUUCCUCACAUAAUCAAAGACUUGGAUCGAUUUCGCGUGUCACUUGGAAGUGAACUUGUGGAGCUUCUGGAGCAUCACCAUGUCAUAAUCUCCAGUUACGAAGAAAUUCGGCAUGAUCUUGAAAUCAGUUGGGAAGAAGGGCAGUGGCGGUCGUCAGCGCAAAGCACAGACACUCAGAUAGAAUCCAGUCUGAGAACUCUGUCUCUAGUUGCCCAGCAGAUGAGUCAUUCAGUCAGAAACAUUCUGAGAGCCUUUACAGUAAAUCCUGGCCAUUAUGCAGAUGUCAGUAGCAAAGCAUCCAAGAAUGAUCCAAAGCAAAAGUUUGAUACUAUAUCUCAGGAACUUCGUGAUAUCUUGAUGGGAAGGCUCCUGACCACACCCGAAGAAGAACGCGAACGACAGAGAUACCUUACAGCAAUCACAAACCGAGAGCGUAACAAUGCUGCUGUAAUUGAGAAGUUGGAAGCAGAUUUCAAGGAAAAGGCUGAUGAUAAAGAUCAAGAGAUAUUUAAAAAGAAUGAAGUCAUUAAAAAACUGCAAGCAGAUUUGCACCAGAUAGAUAGAUUUUCAGAAGAAAAUAUUCGGCGAGUUAGAGGAGAUGCUGAAAAACAAGAAGCAGCUGAUGAGAAAAAUUCUGAGGGAAAGCGUCAAAAGCUCCAGACAGAGAUUUCACAGCUGAAGUCACAGUUGCAGAAUUUAAUUGCUGAGCAUCGUGAAUCAGAGAAAGAGCUACGAAUUAAAAAGUUUAAAAUUGAGACAGAGGUUGAAAACUGGAUAUUGCGUUAUGAUCAGGAAUUAGGAGACAGACAGGAAUAUGAAAAAUAUGCAUACACAGAAGAGAAGAAGCAAUUGCAUGAGCUUGAAGAGUUCCACACUCUUGAAAAGGAGUAUGUGGGUAUUAUGGAUGAGCGGCGCCUUGCUCGUGAAAAACGAGAAAAAGCUGAACGAGAGAUGGCAAUGAUGAUCAAGUGUGCAACAACUAUCCAAGCCUUCUGGCGUUCAUAUAAAGUGCGAAAGGCCAUAGCAGCUAAAACAAAAAAAGAAUCGGGGAGGUAAAAAAAGGAAAAAGUAAUAAGCAUCAUUUGCUGCUGA